GUAUCAUUGGAUCGUUGGAUGUUGAUAUUAGUGACUUGAGUUCGUUUGGUCUGUAGCUUGAUUUUAUCGUCUCCUCAUAUCCUAGGCCCUUGUCUUUGAAUUCCGUCGCUUCUCCUCCCCUUGUUCCCAACCAUCCAAGGGUUGGAAAAAAAGGGGAAAAAAAAUUCUUGCCCUACUUUUGUUCGCGGAAUUCCGACGCUAAUAAAGUCGUCCGUUGCGGCACCGGGUUUCUUAUUUUUCCCUUUUUUUUGUGCGAUACAGAUGGAUUCCUCCUCCAAAGCCUUGAAGAUGGUCAAGCUGAAGCCCAUCGACGCGACUCCGGCGAGCUUCGCGGAGUUCGGCCAGGUGGUCUCAGCGUCGCCGGACGGACAGGAGUACGGGCCCCAUGAUGCCCAGUUGGAGCUCCAUCGCGGCACCCCAAGGUUAUAUAUAAUGCAUUUGGAAGACCGAGAACUUAAAUUUUCUAAAAUCACUCAUCAUGCAAAUGUAACCCAGUGCCUUGGUUCUGUUGGCGGGCAAGAGUGGUAUCUUGGUGUUGCUAAGGCUUCCAUAUUGGAUGAAAGCAAUGUUAGUAAAGAGGAUGGCAGAGAACUUAUGCAAUCAACCUGUGGACAUUAUUACAUGCCUCCUCAUCCUGAAGAUGUUUGCAUUUUUCGAAUUGCCGGUCCCAAAUUUCUGAAGCUUAAUGUCGGGACAUGGCAUGCAGGUCCGUUGUUCAAGACAAGGACUAUGGAUUUCUAUAAUCUAGAGCUAAGCAACACUAAUGUGGUAGAUCAUACGACACAUGAUUUCCUUCGCAAUGAUGGGGUGAUCUUCUUGGUUGAGGACUAAGUAAAUGUUGCAUAGGAUAUUAGUUCCUUUGGCCCAUAACUUAUGCAUAACAUUCUCUUGUUGCUUGUUGAGAAUCUUUCUGAUGGAGAUCUAUGAUCAAGAGUCUUUUCUUUCUUUAAUCAGAUUCUUGGGUAAAUUUGUUGGUCAGACAAUGGUUAAAUUGUUCUAGAGAGAAUUACUGCAAGUUAUAAACCAAGCUCCUGCUUCCAAAAAGACCCAAAAAUUUGAUAAUUGGAAGUACUACUAAAAAAGAAUGUUUAUGAA